AUGGUGGAGCCUAAGUUUGCUGAAAGAACAGUUAUUAACCACAAGAGUUACUUGAAACAAGGCCAUGUUGUAACUUCUCCGGCGAUCAAUAUCACAUAUAGUGAUGUUAUGACUGAAGAUGGAUCUGUCAUUGGUUAUGACUAUCUUGUGAUUGCUACAAGUCACAAUGACUUGUUCCCUAAAACUAGACAAGAGAAGCUGUCACAUUACCAAGCUGAAUAUGAAAAGAUCAAAUCUUCUGGAUCAGUUCUGAUUGUUGGUGGAGGUCCAUCUGGUGUGGAGCUAGCUGCCGAGAUCGCUGUUGAUUUCCCGGAGAAAAAGGUCACUCUGGUGCACAAAGGACCAAGAUUGCUUGAAUUUGUUGGAAAAAAAGCUGCUGACAAAUCAUUUGACUGGUUAGAAUCAAAGAAAUUGGAAGUGAUAUUGAACCAAUCUGUGGAUUUGAGUUCAGCUUCAGAUGGAAACAAAACAUACUGGACGUCAGGAGGAGAAACUAUACACGCAGAUUGCCAUUUCCUCUGCGUUGGGAAACCUUUGUCUUCACACUGGUUCAAUGGAACUGUUUUGAAAGACAGCUUGGAUGGUAAAGGCAGGGUCAUGGUGGAUGAGUACUUGCAGAUUAGGGGUCGAAGCAAUGUGUUUGCCAUUGGAGAUAUCACCAACAUCCAGGAGAUGAAACAAGGAUAUAUAGCAGAGAGUCAUGCUAAUGUGGUUGUCAAGAACAUCAAAGUAAUGAUGUCGAGUGGGAAAAAGAAGAUGUCAACCUACAAGCCUGGUUCAGAGAUGGCUAUUGUGUCUUUAGGAAGAAAGGACUCGGUGGCUCAGUUCCUGUUUAUGACAGUUAUUGGUUGCCUCCCUGGUUUGAUCAAGUCCAAGGAUCUGUUUGUGGGGAAGACGAGGAAGUCAAGAGGGAUAAUAAGCGUCGAGUGA